AGUCACACUCCAAAAAAACAUUUCCAUAGAACUACUGAAAUAUUUUAUAAUGCCAUAAAUAACAAUAAUAGGCCAUAGAUGAAGUGAUUGGCAUGGCCACAUUAACCACACAACCAAGUCCUAAGUAGUAGCAAGCAAGUAAUACAUUUUUGUCUCCAUUCUAAAUUCGUGAUUGGAGAGAAAACUAAGCAAAUGGCAUUCCCUAUCCCACAGUUCAUACCCUCUUCUUCAUCAUCUUCGUCUCUACCUCACAUCCCAACAUCAUCGUUAUCAUCAUCACGACAACAUGUUCAAGUUCAUGUUCUGUUCCGCCGUCGCCGGAACCCCGACUCGCUCCGGUGCUCGGCGUCCGACAAGAACCACCACGACGCGGUUGAGCUCCCUCUCUUCCCUCUCCCUCUUGUUCUCUUCCCUGGCGCCAUCCUUCCCUUGCAGAUCUUCGAGUUCCGCUACCGCAUCAUGAUGCACACGCUCCUCCACACCGACCUCCGUUUCGGGGUUAUAUACUCCGACGCCGUCUCGGGAACCGCCGACGUCGGGUGCGUCGGCGAAGUCGUGAAGCACGAGCAGCUCCUCGACGACCGUUUCUUCUUAAUCUGCAAAGGACAGGAACGGUUCCGCGUGAACAACGUUGUACGGACGAAACCGUACCUGGUGGGGAAGGUGACGUGGCUGGAGGACAGGCCUUCGGGGAAUGUGGGAGAGGAUGACGUGGAGGGUUUGGCGAGUGAGGUGGAGAGUUACAUGAAGGACGUGAUUCGAUUGUCGAAUCGAUUGGGUGGGAAGGAUGAGAAGGAGGUUGAGGAUUUGAGAAGGAACCUUUUCCCUACACCGUUUUCGUUCUUUGUUGGAAGCACUUUCGAGGGUGCACCAAGAGAACAACAGGCUUUGCUUGAGUUAGAGGACACUUCCACAAGGUUGAAGAGGGAGAAGGAAACUUUGAAGAACACCCUUAAUUACCUCACUGCUGCCUCUGCUGUUAAAGAUGUCUUCCCUUCUUGAUCUUGAUUCAAUGAAUGCCAUAGAGGGUGAGUUUUAACUUUUAUGGAGACAAGGGAAAACAAAAGGGUAUAUUAUAAUUAUAUUAUAUAGUUGCAUAGUUAUUUGAAUUUAUGGUAUAUACUAGAUAUAGAUUACAUACAA